CCCUCUCCUCCUUACAAAUACAAACCCGGUCGAAACUAGAGAGAAAGCAAGCGCCGGGUCACUGAAGUGAAGACUGCAGUCGAGAGAGCAAGAGAGAAUGUCCUGGUGGCGGUCCGCGUCAGCAUUCAGGUCGCCGAUGGGGUGGGCCCCGCGGAGCCUGCUGAGGUGGUGGCCGGAGCUGAGCCUGUCGAUCGUGGACGACGUCGUUUGGCCGCUGGUAACGGCGUUCGAGUCCGUGGCCUUGGUCUCGAUGCUCUUCUUUUUCUUCGUCUUCUGCGGAUGCACUGUGUGAGCAUCAAGCGCGUGAUUUUCGAUCAUGAAGCAGUGAAGGGCAGGCGAAUUUCGGAGGCGGAGACGCCGAUGUUCAGUUGUAGGUAGGAGAAACAUUAAGCAUGUGAGGGGAAG